AUGGAUAUCGUCGGACCACUACCACCUUGCAAAGGUUAUCGAUACUGUUUGACAAUAGUCGAUCGUUAUUCCCGAUGGUUAGAGGCACUCCCGCUCGAAGACAUGACGACAGAGACCAUUGCUUUCAAUUUCUACACGCACUGGAUCGCUAGAUUUGGAGUACCGAGUAGAGUAACAACGGAUCAAGGUAGACAAUUUGAAUCUACACUAUUCCGAGAACUAUCCAGACUUUUAGGCAUCAAGCACUUACGUACCACUGCGUAUCACCCCGCGUCAAACGGAAUUAUAGAGCGAUGGCACAGAUCAUUAAAAGCAGCGAUAAAAUGCUACAUGACAGACAACUGGGUCGAAGUUUUCCCACUCAUCCUCCAAGGUUUUCGUUCCUCAUGGAGAAAUGAUUUAAAGGCAACACCCGCAGAGAUGGUUUAUGGAAAUAUACUUCGAUUACCUGCCCAAUUCUUUGCCGAAAAACAUACGCACAACGAAGGUGAAUUUGUCGAAAAUUUACGCAAACGCAUGCAGUCAUUAAAGCCGUCACCAACUACAAACAACUCAGCGCACGUACCAUUCAUAGAAAAGAACUUACACUCAACACCAUCAGUCUUCGUGCGAAACGACUCAAUUCGUCCACCUCUUCAACCACCAUAA